AUGGCGGGGGCGCUCGGGUCGCAGCAGAUGGAGGAGCUGCUGGCUGCUUGGGACGACGCCACGGCGCCGCUGGACGCGCGCGUGCGGGAGGACCCGCUCUUAUUCGCGCCGGAGGGGGAACUGUGUCGCCCCUGGGACCACGCGGACUUCCUGGCCCGCGUCGGCAGCUUCUCCAUCGCCUCGUGGUUCGCCAAGCCGGACGCGAUCAGCGCCUUUGAGUGCGCUCGCCAUGGAUGGAGGAACUCGGCGCCCGAUCAGCUGCAGUGCAACUGUUGCAAGCGGUUUCUGUGCUUCAAGAUCGACGACAAGUUGAGCGAGGCGGGGGCGUUGAAGGUGGCGGAGAAGUUCGCUGCGCAGCUGGUCACAGGCCACACGGAGCUCUGUCCGUGGCGUGGUAACCCGUCGCCGGUUGCUUUCACGACGCUCCCCAUUGCAACGAAGCGCCAGGUGUACGAGACGUUCGUGGAGCAACUAGGGGAAGAGGUCGCGUGGAUGCACAAGGACCCGGAGUUUCAGGACCGAUUGCGGCGUGUGAAAGUCGCUGAUGCAGGGACUGCAAAGCUGUUACAGGAAGUGAAUGGAGCUGAAGAUGCUGCUACUCCUAUCGAUAUUGUCACGUUCCAAGCGAAACUGGCAGCGAGGUGGUCCCAAUCCGAGAACGAAUCCGUGCGCUCUGAGGCACUAGCCAACGCCGCGUUCCUGAUCGCGUGCGGGUGGAGAUUUGAUAGAAAGGAUGGCAAAGACCUGCAUAUGCUGAGGUGUGAAGCCUGCAACCGUCGGUGGCAGGUUUCUCCGACGAGUGCCAAGGUGGACGAUGGUGAUAGUGAACACAGCGAACCGCCAACAAAACGCCUGAAGACUGCAGAGGCGCGUCCAGUCGACCUGCUUUCACAGCAUCGCCAUUUUUGCCCGUGGGUUGCAGAACGCAAGUCUACCGGUGUCGACGACUAUGGUGAGAUUGACCCAAAGCUGUGGGAGUUCGUCAAGCUACCGGGAUGGAAACAGUACGCCCAGGCACUGGUUCUUCUCGGCAAUCCAGAAGAGAACGCUAUUGUUGUUGUGGACUCCAGCGACCAAACGCACACGAAAUCCAGUGACCCUGUGCAGGCAUUGGAGUCAAUACGGGCAGUAUUGGGGCUUUGA